AUGUAUCACACCGGCGCAAACGAUUACGACUCUCCACCACCCACCUCCUACUUUCGCUCGCACAGGCCAUGGUCGCCCGAUCCUCAGGAUCCUCUACCCCCAGUACAACAUGGCCAGAGACGGAGAGAAACUUCAGAGUCGUCAGUGGACGCAUUGGACCUCGCAGACUAUGCACGACGAAUACAACCCGAGUACCCGCCAUCACCGCCCCCAGCCCGCCCAUUCUCAGUAGCCUCACGCACGACGCCAUCAUUGGUUUCCUCGCCGGAUACCCUCUCCUCAGAACCACACAUGGGCGCACCGUACUACAGUUCACGUCGGCACUUCUCGCUCCCUCCGCCUGCUACCUCGUACAACUCGUUCAAUACACUCCACACGCCCCGUGACGAAGUGGGCUGGUCCCCAUAUAUCCGCGACUCGCUCGACUCUGUUCAGGAAUACCCAACCCCUUCAUACGCUCGUAUACCCCGUGACGGCGACUCUGAACUUGACAUCGCCCAUUUCCCUGCGUGGUCCAAGCACUGGUACGCGAAGGAGAGGCCUCCACCAUCGAAGCGCUCAACAAUACCAGCGCACGAACGUCCGGCGUUCUUCGACCCCACAUAUGACGCCUCCAAGGAGCUCUUGCCAACUUCGUAUCACUCGCACUCUUCGAGAGAUGUGCUGCCUUGGGGUCCCGAUGGGCCGAACUACGGCGCUCCGGUGGACGAGGGGACCAAGGAGGAGAGGUUGAGGAUGCUGGAGAGGGAGUUUGGGAGGGAGGCACAGCCCGGACCUGAGGGGCCUGAAGCUCGCGUCGUCGGUUCGGUCGACGACAAAGGUCGACUCAUCACGCAGGGACCGCGCAAACGACUGGCCGCGAGGGUAAUGGAAAUCCUACUCGCUCUUGCGAUCGCGGUAUCUUCGAUCUACGCUGCCGUAGAGAUCAAGCCGUCGAAGACGCCACCUCCAGCCGGUAAAGCAUCGACAUACGUGCUUUACAUCCUUUCCGUCGUCACCUUUCUCGCCGCACUCUUCAUGUUCGCUCUUCGUCCCUGCUGUUGCGGUCGACGCAAGGCCUCCGCCUCAGCAGGUUUGACGGGAGAGGGGCUUGGCGGCCUUACCGUGCUCCCUGUCGGCGGUGCUCCGGGGGGAAAGAAAGGCAAGAAGGGAAAGAAAGGUCAACAGGGCGAAGGCGUACAAGUCAACCUCAUCGUUGACCCUUCAGCGUUCAUGCCUGGAGGCUUCGGCCGCGAGGAGGAAGGCUGGGGAGAUGAUGAUGGCAGCACAGACCUCACCUCCGCAUCGCGUGGACGCAAGGGCGGUUCAGUUCCUCGUCGGAGAACUGUAUUCGAAGGUCUGGCGCUGGAACGCAACUGGAUGGCCGCGCGCAAGGAGCUCAAGUGGAUCACGACGUCCGAUGGCGUUGGGCUUGUCCUUUGGGGAGUGGUGUUCGUAUGGACACUACUCUCCGGCGCAUGCCCUCCCGGCGGCUUUGACGGGUACUGCAAUGCUUGGAACGUUGCCGAAGCAGGGAGCUGUCUCAUCGCCUUGGCCUUCGGUGUCAGCUUGUACUUUGGCAUCGUGGAUCUACAUCAGAGUCGCCAGUCACCACGGACACGACCAUAG